CUGUCCGUCCGUCUGUCUGUCUGUUCUCAACUUUAUUAAAAACAAGAUAUUAAAAUAAAUUAAUACCCAUUAUUAAACUUCCCCUACUGGUCAAUAAAACCAUAAACCCCGUCUCGCGCUGACAACAAUCCCGUUUCCAAUUAACCAGUCGGCGUAAACACACCUCCAUAAAUUUUAUAUGAACCCACUUCCGUUCCUAAUUUCCACAAUUUUCCGUCGUGGAAAUUUAUCGGAAAAGAAUGCCGCAGACCGCCGCAGAAUAAUAAGCUGACGAUGAUUGAUGGACGUAAAAACAGAAAAGACUUUGCGUCUAUUGUGUUCGAGACGUACAAAGACUUCGCCGAGAACACCAGCAUCCAUGGUCUCAAGUACACGGUGAAGAGGGACGUGGGGACGCACGAAAAGAUGUUCUGGAUGGUCGUGGUACUAGCGGGACUGGGUGGUGCCGGGUACAUGACGGUGCUGUUCUGGAAUAGGUACACCAGCAACCCCACGAGGACCUCGAUCUUGACGGCGUACGCCCCCAACACGGCGGUGCCUUUUCCGGCGGUCACGUUGUGCAACAUUAACAGGAUUAUGGCGGACCAAGUGGAGGAGUUCGUGGAGGACUUGACUAUACCAGAGGAGGAUGUGGAAACUAUCAGACGGGCGAUACCUCAACUUCUUUCUUUCACAAGUCUGGAUUCAAGAAAAUACAACAUAUCAGAGUUGAUGGUUUUACAUAAUGUCUUAGUAGAAAAUAACUACAACGACAUAGGUGUGGUUAUGAAGAAGAUCACACAACCUUGUAGACAUAUGCUUCUGAAGUGUAUUUGGCAGUUUAAAACCGUCCCUUGUGACCGACUUUUCGAACACACUUUGACCACUGAUGGCCACUGCUGCUCUUUCAAUUAUAUUCGAGAGUACAUAAACGCUAGUCGUCGCCCCAUUCACACCCCAUACAACGGAUUUAACACCGGUUUGAAGCUACAUUUGGAUCCACAAAUCCAAGAAAUCCAGUACUCGAGUCUGCAUUCCUCCGGCUUGAAAGUGAUGAUUCACAGCCCGUGGGACUACCCCGGUUCCGGCUCCAUCUACAAAAUCGUAUCAGCGGGCAGACAAUCCUACCUCCAGGUCUCAGCAAGCAAGAUAAUCUGCAGCAGCGACAUUAAAAGGCUCUCGAUAGAACAAAGACAGUGCGCUUACAGCGACGAGGUUAAACUGAAAUAUUUUCAACUUUAUUCGGACACGAACUGCCUGAGUGAAUGUGAGGAGAAAUAUCUGUACGAUAAAUGCGGAUGCGUCCCUUUUUAUUAUCCUUUCUCGAGGAGGCGGGUCUGCAAUAUCACCAGCAUCCCGUGUCUGAAGGAUUCGAUAGGGACGACAUUGGUGAACAUCACGAAGGCCUGCAAUUGUCCUUCGCAGUGCGAGGACAUAUUUUAUAGCGUGCUGUCGUCGACGGCCACGUUGGGGAGAGAGGAGGCCGCCCCUACGUCAGAAUUUUUGGAGGAUCAGAACGUCACAGAGAACAGUAUCGCCCUCUAUAUUUACUUCUCAGGAGACAGGCAAACCAUCCUCUUCAAGGACAUCAUAACUUCGACUAUAUACUUGUUGUCAUCCUUUGGGGGCGUCUACAGCUUGUUCCUCGGCUGCAGUUUCGUCACCAUCGUCGAAAUCCUCUACUACUGCACCCUCCGCCUAAUCGUCAACCUCAAGCUCGUGGGCAGGAUCGACAAAACGGUCGCCAAGCCCAAGAAAGAGGACCCAAAACAAAAACUCUGGUCUUACGAAGGAAGCAUCUUCCUCAACUGAACCUUUAUUUCGUACUAAUUUACACACCAUUUUAGCUUAAGACUGCGCGUUUCGUCACCAGAUGUCAGCACAAGAAACAACGCAGCGCGCCAUCUGCCCAGCUACCACUGAAUCAUUUAUUAAAACCUGUAUUACACCGCUAAAUAAAUCACUGAACUAGUC